AUGUCGGUUUCGCUCAACCCCAGCAGCGUCUUGGGGUUCAACAGGCCCUUCACUCAGUCCGUCAAGCGGACGCUGCAAAUCACCAACCACAAUGCGCAACCGGUUGCGUUCAAGGUCAAGACGACCGCCCCCAAGCUCUACUGCGUAAGGCCGAACUCAGGGAGAGUCGAGCCUGGAGAGACUGUUGAGGUUGCAGUUAUGCUGCAAGCAAUGAAGGAAGACCUCCCAAUCAACACCAAAUGCAAGGACAAGUUCCUCAUUCAGAGCACCGUCAUCACCCCCGAGAAGGAGAGCCUGCCGCUGCAGGACAUCUGGAACGUCGAUGGCGAUGAGGUCCACUCGCAGAAGGUCAGAGUGGUCUACCUGCCACCGGAGGGCCAAACUGUUCCGGAGGAGGACGAGUCUCAUGCCAACAUGAGCUCGCUACUGAAUAACUAUGCAACUGUCCGCCAAUAUCCUGCCACUAAUGGCCACGCAACGCGCGAGCCUAGCGGUGGUGAGGAGAGCACGAUCCAGCCACCCCAGCAAGAGGAGGUUCACCACGAUGCGCCCUCUACCCCUCCGCCCAAUGUCGCUGUCCACCCCCCUGAGCCCCCAGUGGAGGAGCCCCAGACGGAUGAUGGCGUGGGUAUCGUCAACGUCAGUGUGCACGCACCCCCUCCCCAUGUUUCACCGCCUCCGUCUCCCCCCACUCGGGCUGCGCCGCUGCCUGAACCUAACCCCGAGCUGGUCAAGAAACUUGAAGAGGCACAGGCGGAAAUCGAGCGCUUGCGACAGCUCAUCGCCUCCAUGCCGGAGCCGAGCACGGUCCCUACUACGAUCACGCCUCCGACAGAGCUGCGCAGCCGGCGACGUGCGCCUCUCUCAGACGAUGGGAGCAGCACCUACGAUGGGCCCUACGACGCGCAGACGGAUGUUAGCAGCUACGUCGGCAGCGAGGUCGCGCCGCCGGAGGGUGUCCCAUUACAGGUGGUCAUCAUCAUCGCGCUCGGAGUGUUCGUUACUACGUAUCUAUUCUUCUGA